UGACAUGGGGAAAGUUCUGGAGAGCUCUUUGUGGAGGUCUUCAGAUUUUGGGACAUUAUACACAAAGUUGAACCUACAGCCCGGGAUUGCCACUGUUAUUGACAAUUUCUACAUUUGUUCCACCAACAAAAAGAAGAUAAUUCUUGUAAGCUCUUCCCAUAAUGACCGUGACCAAAGCCUUUUCAUAAGCACAGAUGAAGGAGCCACUUUCCAGAAACAACCCAUUGCUUUCUUUGUGGAAACGCUGCUUUUUCAUCCAAAAGAAGAAGAUAAAGUACUUGCUUAUACCAAGGAAGGCAAGAUUUAUGUAUCUAUUGACUUGGGGAAAAAAUGGAACCUUCUGCAGGAAGGAGUUUCUAAAGAUCAUUUUUUUUGGGCUGUUGCUGGAGUUGACGGGGACCUUGAUUUAGUUCAUAUGGAAAUCCAGGACCCCAGUGGAGGUUAUCGCUACAUCACUUGCCAGAUUCAAAAUUGUUCUGAUAAGACAAUGACAGUCCCAUUUGCUGGCAGCACUGAUCGGGAUUCCCUGACUGUGCAGGAUGACUACAUAUUUCUUCAGACAACAUCAGCAAACAGGACCAAGUAUUACGUGUCGUACCGUCGAAAUGGCUUUGUUCAGAUGAAGUUGCCAAAAUAUGCAUUGCCAAAAGACUUACAGAUAAUCAGUACAGAUGAAAACCAGGUGUUUGUGGCUGUACAGGAGUGGUACCAGACAGACACAUACAACCUGUACCAGUCUGACCCACAAGGUGUUUACUACUCCAUCUUGCUGGAAAAUGUCCGGAGCACGAAGCAGCCAGAAGAGAAUGUCCUGAUAGAUAUUCUGGAGGUCAGAGGUGUAAAAGGAGUCUUUUUGGCCAACCAGAAAAUUGAUGGGAAAGUUACGACCCUGAUAACCUACAACAAAGGCCGUGACUGGGAUUUUCUAAACCCUCCAGACAUCGAUAUGAACGGCAAGCCCACCAACUGCAAACCUCCUGAUUGUUACCUCCACCUCCAUCUGCGGUGGGCAGACAAUCCCUAUGUGUCAGGCACUGUGCACACCAAGGACACUGCACCAGGGCUCAUCAUGGGGGCAGGUAACCUGGGGUCCCAGUUGGUUGAGUAUAAAGAAGAGAUGUACAUAACAUCUGACUGUGGGAACACGUGGCGUCAGGUCUUUGAAGAAGAGCACCACAUCUUGUACUUGGACCAUGGUGGAGUUAUUGUGGCUAUCAAAGACACCUCUAUCCCUCUGAAAAUACUCAAAUUCAGCAUAGAUGAAGGGCAGACCUGGAGCACACAUAAUUUCACCAGCACUUCUGUCUUUGUAGAUGGACUGCUUAGUGAACCUGGAGAUGAGACACUGGUCAUGACAGUCUUUGGACAUAUCAGCUACCGUUCAGAUUGGGAACUGGUGAAGGUGGACUUCAGACCAUCCUUCCCCAGAGAAUGCACUGAUGAAGACUAUGAGUCUUGGGAGCUUACAAAUCUGCAGGGUGAUCGUUGCAUCAUGGGCCAGCAGAGAAGCUUUCGGAAGAGGAAGAUUUCAUCAUGGUGCAUUAAAGGGAAAAGUUUCACAUCAGCUCUCACAUCCAAAGUUUGUGAAUGUGUGAACACUGAUUUCUUGUGUGAUUAUGGGUUUGAGCGCUCUGCACCUCUGAAGCUGGAGUCCAGCAAAUGCUUUGCUGACUUUUGGUUUAAUCCAGAAGCACCUCCUGAAGACUGUGUGUUGGGGCAGGCAUACACCAGCAGCACUGGGUACAGGAAAGUUGUUUCUAAUGUGUGUGAAGGUGGAGUAGACCUGCAGCAGAACUUAGCACACCAUAUGUGUCCAUUGAUUGCUCCCAAGGGACUUCAGAUCAGCAUCAGAGAAGAAAGCCUGGCUGUUAGGCCUGGGGAAGACAUCACCUUCAUUGUCCAACAAGAGCAGGGUGAUGUAUUGAGUACCAAAUACCAGGUAGAUCUUGGAGACGGCUUUAAGGCGAUAUACGUGAACCUGACGAUGACUGGCGAGCCCAUCCGUCACCGCUACGAGAAUCCCGGGAUUUACCGCGUGUCCGUGAAGGCUGAGAACGUGGCUGGGCAUGACGAGGCUGUGGUGUUCGUCCAAGUCAACUCUCCACUCCAGGCUUUAAAUUUAGAAGUGGUUCCAGUCAUUGGGAGAAACCAGGAGGUGAACCUGACAGCCAUCAUACUGCCUAAGAAUCCUAAUUUGACAGUUUUCUACUGGUGGAUAGGAAACAAUCUUCAGCCACUGCUUACAUUGGAGAGUUUUCUGGUGACAAAGUUUGCUGAGACAGGUGAUGUCAGAGUUACAGUGCAAGUUUCCUGUGGGAGCUCUAUGCUUCAGGACUCAAAAGUUGUCCAUGUUUUUGAUUAUUUUCAUGUUCUUCCUCUGAAGUUUACUAAGGACCUGGACAAGUACAACCCUGACAUACCAGAGUGGAGGGAAGACAUUGGGCGGGUGGUGACACGACUUCUUGCAAAGGAGACCAGUAUACCUGAAGAAACGCUCAUGACAGUUGUGAAACCUGGUCUGCCCACAGCUGCUGACUUGCAUGUGCUACUACCAGCAAAUCAACCAAAAAAGAAGAGAAGCAUAACAAGUGAUAAGAGAAUAGCAGCUAUAAAGCAGGCCCUGAACGCACACAACAUCAGUUUCUUUCUGAGGGGAGGAUACUGGGUCUUAGUGACUUUAGCUGACUCCGAUUCAGACUCUCAGAGGAUUGGAGGAGGCAGUGGCUACUGGGCUAUUGUGGUUCUCUUUGUUGUUUGUCUAGUUGCAGUCGGGGCUUUCAUCCUCUACAAGUUCAAAAGGAAACUGCCAGGCAGAAAUGUCUACGCCCAGAUGCACAAUGAAAAAGAGCAGGAGAUGACAAGCCCUGUUAAUCACAGUGAGGACACCCAGAACAUCAUCCAGGGUGAGGAGUUUAUUGAUGAUGAUCUGGACUCUCAAACACUAGGUAACGCAAGAGUGACUCCUUCUGGGAGAAGUGGCAACUUGAACAGCUACAGAGUUCCCUUAUUGCUGAUGCCGGUCAGUGUCCAGUCCCAGGCAAUCACUCAGGCGUGGUUUUGAGCAUCAACUCCAGAGAGAUGCACAGUUACCUGGUUAGCUGAUAUUUGCAGCUGAACACAAAAACCGAAAGACUCUUCACUGUACCAUUUUAUUUUUCCCUGGUGAUGUUCCAAAAUUGCAAACAUGGCUGUAAAUGCUGAUGGAGAGGAGGUUUCUUAUCAGUCCUGUGGAAAAAAGCAUCCAUCAUCAGUUACCAAGGGCGAAGGAUAACAUGUCUUGUGUUCACUCUAUGGCCUAGAAACUCAUUUCGACUGAAACUCAAAUUAUGGUAGCAAAUUUGUAGCCCUAGGCACCUUCAAUGCCACCUUGUUUCUUUUCUGUAUAUGCUCUAUUUCUUUAUGUUUAUUUUUAGAAUGAUUGACUGUAACUUUUUAAUUUUAUUUUUAAUUGAGGUAUUCAGUGGAAGGCUGGGAGUCUUCAGCCUGAAAAGGUGAUUUUUACACAAGUGACUAGACCAGAAAAGAUGGUUGAUCACAAUGACAAAUUUUUUUGUAGGCCAAGUGUUUCUGUACUGGGAAAGGACUGAGAGACAAAUGCACUCCUAGUUGAGACCAGCUCUUAACUUAAACAUGUGUGAGACAAUCUAAUAAAUUUAGGCUUAGACCCUUCUGAGGAUUAAAGGAAGUAAAAUGUUAAUUAGGAUAUCUCGUAAUAUACAAUAAUGCUCUUGUAAUUGUAGCAAGUCCUGACAAACUAUCAGCACCAGUAUCUUUCCCCAUCCCAUCACAUGUGAAAGAAAAAACACCAGCUUGAUGCUACUUCCAGACCAGGUGCCUUCACUUGUGGACAGUCAUUUUAGUUGCUCUUUUUUUUUUCCUGAGCGAGCCCCUCUAGGAUGAUGGAAGCUGCCAGAUGAGUUCUCCUGUUAAACCCUAGGCUGGUGGCCUGUCUCUUUUUAAAUUUCCAGAGAGUGUAAAUACCUCUUUUACACAGUUUUCUUUGUAUGGUUAUUUUUUUUAAACUUCCUAUGAGGGCAGCUGUGCCGGCUGGGUCAGAGUUCUGCUCUGGGAAGAGCUGGGUGGGGAGCACUGCCAUCUCCUUCCCACAGCAUCCCUGUUUGGGAUUUCCCCUGGCAUUUGCCCUUGCUGGUGGGAGUAGGCAAACCUCAACCUGACCUUUUCCAUUUGGGUUGGUUUGACAAUCCAAAAGGUCAUGGGGAAGAUGGGAAGGGAUUUAGGGCUUCCUGUUUCCUUCCCAUCACCACGGGGUGUCUCUCAGUCCCUACCACCAGUGGCCCCUUUUUCUGCAGGGAUGACAGGGGAAGGGCUUCUGGAGGGGCUGCCUGCAGAAAGGCUUGUGAGUCAGGUCCUUGUUUCCUCAUCCCAGUUUUGUCAGAGUUUCCUAGUCUUGACCUCCGCAUCCCUAGGGAAUGGCGAUGCAGUGAAUCCACACUCCUCUUUUCUUUUCUCUGUGGUUUAUUUUAGCCAUGUAGGAAAACAAGUGGGGUGUAGUGUGGUGAGUUUAAAUGUCUGACAUCCUGUGUGUCACAGCUGCCUGGGACUAGGAUGCUUCUCUAAGAAAACUAUAUAGUGUCUUCACUUUUUGCCUUUGAUAGAGAAUAACUAACUCUGUACUCACUGAAUGUCAUACUGAUGCUAGUGACAGGCUUGCACAUCACCUUGUUUAAGAAGGAUACAGAUAACUCAUUGUCCAGAAUAUGCAAACAGAAAAUAAUGAAUGCUAGUCAAAUAGAAAAGGACUGUCUUAAAAUCAGUGUAUGCAUUGGAAUCAUUCUUCAAUGUAGCUGUGAAUAUAGAACAUAUUAUCAUCAAAUGCAGCAGAUUGGGAUGUAGUAAUUCAGUGUAGUACUGUAGGCUCUCACAAACCCCACAGGAUGUAUGAGUAAAGCACAAGAAAAUCUAGAUUAUAAAUUUACUGUAAGGAACUAGAUGGAAAAGUUAAAGAUUCUGAAAAGCACUUGCAAACCGCUCAGGAAAACAAUUACAAAAAUUAUUCUAAGAUUUCUGCCUAUUUAGUUGUAUAGUGCCAUGUAAACUUAUUGACAGAGAAGCAAUGCCCUGGGUGACUGUUGUGUGCCAGACUGUGGAAAUCCAAGGUCUUAAAUGUAUCUGAGUCUGGGUUUCUUGAAGAAAAGUGCAUAUACAAAACAUGCUGUGAAUUGGAAACUCUUGGGAUCAUUGCACCAGGGGCUUUCUCUCCUCACCAGCUUUUCUUGCUUUUUCUAGUGGAAAUGAGCUGGAGCAGAGAAUAAAAUAACAUUGCAACCAUCUUACUUGUUCCUGUGAAAUAAAUCUGAAAUAGGUUGUUUGUAUAGGGCAGGUGAGUGGCAAACCAGCUUCACAGACAAGGAAUGGGAUGGAAGCUCCAGCCUGGGGUUGUUCUCACAUGGUUAAGGAUUGGCAAAGGACUCUGUUGGAACUAGGUCACACAUCUAAUUUAUGCUUUAACAGCUACUUUUAUACAUUUAAUUCAGGGUGAUUUGUGUCUGAUCACAGGAGUCUUUUGGAACAUGGUAGAAUAUUUAACUGCUUGGUACUCUAAUUAACACUUAGCACAGUGUAGUGCCUGUAAUAAUUUUUUCCAGUACUUAUUAAUUUGAUUCAUACAGUACUCCUGUGAGGUUGGUUUGUCAUGUCUUAAAAACACUGUUUUCUAAAGACAUAUUGGUAUUACCAUAACUGUAUUAAUAAUACCCAGCAGAUAAUAAAGGAAGCCUUUGAUUUCCUCAUAAGAAUAAUUUUUAAAUGAAUUAUUUUAAAAUGCAGAAAGCAUUAUUGCCAUUUUCUCAUUCAUGGUGUCUUGGUUUAUCUGUA